UCUUGUGGUUACAAGAAUGACACAGUAUCUUCUUGGAAUAACGGUUUUUUUGUUGUAACAUGUUAAAAUCGUUUAACAGCAAAAGGUUUUCUCGUGAAUAAGUCCCCCUCUUUUUGUUACAUUAUAGCGUACGACAUGGACAUAAACCUGUCAACAGGGGUGGUGACCGGAUCCGACUCCUCCAUCUCGUGGUUCACGACUCUAGUGGGUUCCAGUAACAUCCCUUGCAGUAAACGUGGGGUGCUGAAGCUGACGUUUAACUCUGCUGGACUCGCCAAGAGGAAAGUGCGAAUCGACAUGACGUUCUCCAAUCCCAAGAAAUACUCCUUCAACAUCGGAGACUCCAGAACUAAUAAUGCUUGGGGCGGUGACUCGAGAACCCAGAGUCGGGACGCCGAGAUCCAUUCCUACAACAAGGGCAUGUACGUGUACAGCAACGACCACCACUCGCCGAAAGCCCACAAGUACGUGGCCAAGAAAGUCGUCUACCCAGAGACGUGCAAGACCAGCCUGCAGUUCAUCAUCACCGACGGCAUCGUCACCUGGAACAACGGCGAAAGCUACUUCAACUCCAUCAUCAAAAACGACCUGUUCGCUCUCAAAGGCCAGUCUGACACCGAGGGCAGCGUCAACUACGACAUCUAUCUGGCGAUGAAUCGAGUUAUUUACGGUGGACGCAGGGGCAGUGGCUUGUGUAGUGUCGGAAUCAAGUGGCUCGAGGGAUUUUCCUAAUUUAAAUAAGCUGGUGAAAUAAAAAUAACAGCCUCUUACAAUUAACAGUUCUGUAGAAUGCUUAUAUUGUAUGUGUAUCUCUAUACAGACAAACCUGCGUGUUAA